AUGCCCUGGUUCAAGGGCUGGAAGGUGGAGAGGAAGGAGGGCAACGCCAGCGGCGUCACCCUGCUCGAAGCGCUCGACGCCAUCAUCCCCCCGUCCCGCCCUGUCAACAAGCCCCUGCGCCUGCCGCUCCAGGAUGUCUACAAGAUCGGCGGCAUCGGCACCGUGCCCGUAGGCCGGGUGGAGACGGGCUGCCUGAAGGCGGGCAUGGUGGUCACCUUCGUGCCCAGCAACGUCACCACGGAGGUCAAGUCGGUGGAGAUGCACCACAAGGCCCUGGCCGAGGCGCUGCCCGGGGACAACAUGGGCUUCAACGUGAAGAACGUGUCGGUGAAGGACAUCCGCCGCGGGAACGUGGCCGGAGACAGCAAGAACGACCCCCCCAUGGAAGCGGGCAGCUUCUUGGCCCAGGUGAUCAUCCUGAACCACCCGGGCCAGAUCCGGGCCGGCUACGCCCCGGUGCUGGACUGCCACACCGCCCACAUCGCCUGCAAGUUCGCCGAGCUCAAGGAGAGGAUCGACCGCCGCUCGGGCAAGAAGCUGGAGGACAACCCCAAGGCGCUCAAGUCCGGGGACGCCGCCCUGGUGCACAUGGUGCCCGGCAAGGCCAUGUGCGUGGAGACCUUCUCCGAGUUUCCCCCUCUAGAGUGA